AUGACUUCUUCCAAGGACCACCGGGUCAAGAAACCCACAUCUCGUAGCUCAUCGCGUUCUCGGUCCGGUCUCAAACUAUCCAAACACCAUCGCGAACGAGCUGCCAAAGAAGCCGCUCAAAAACAAGCAACUGACCUCCCCCUCGUGGAGCGCACUAAUGCACUAUCCCUUGAAGACUUUCUAGCCCGUUACAUCGACCCGACACACCUGCAGCUUCGUGCGCCACCGACUGCGUCUAGAGCAGACGGAAAUGACCAAGACAUACCACAAUAUCAAGUGCAAAUACACACAGCCGACACAAUCCCCGAGCCGGAUUUCGAGAGCUGCUUUGCGCUGAUCGAACAGACCUCCGUUGCCGACUACUCGACUUCGUCGACGGGAUGGUCGCCGUCAAAGAAAAGAAAGGAAAUGCGCCUGCCGGACAUGCGAUACAUGGUUCUACGGUCAACUAGCGAUUAUGAUACACCAGUCAAUGGAACGGCAGAGAAACAGCAACAAGAGGACAAAGAAGGGCCCAAACAGCGAACCCCGCCCGUGGCAGGGUUCCUCUCUUUCAUGACAACAUAUGAGGAUGGGAAGGAAGUAUUAUAUUGCUACGAGGUCCAUGUGAAUCCAUCACUUCAGGGCUCUGGCCUUGGCGGCCAGCUGAUGCGUCUGUUCGAGCAGAUUGGCCGCCGGAUCGGCCUGGAGAAGGGCAUGUUGACCGUGUUCAGAGCCAAUGCGGGUGCAUUGAGGUUCUAUGAGCGAUUAGGCUACUCUAUAGACGAAUACUCGCCUGGACCGAGAAAGCUGAGGAAUGGCACGGUCAAGGAGCCCGAUUAUUCGAUUCUAUCCAAGGCACUCAGGUAG